AUGUCAAUUUCCAAACCGCAUGUUAUAGAAUUAGAAAACUUUGACAAACUAGACGAAGACGUCUACUCAUCAGCAUCAGGAACAACCACAUCUCAUUCCAAAUUCAAAGGAUAUUGGCACCAAUUUCUCGAUGGAUUCCAACGAGCACCACCAUCAGCUGCUGAAGGUGAUGAUCGUAAAAAAGCAAUUUCUAAAAACGAAUUACGAUUAAUGUCGUUAUCAACGGGAUUAGGUACAGGGUUAUUGGUGGCUGCUGGUAAUAAAUUACGUAUGGCUGGUCCUGCUGGUGUUUUGAUUGCAUAUGCAAUCACGGGAUUGGUUAUGCUUGUGCCGACGAUUUCCUCAGUGUCGGAGUUAUCUAUUGCAUAUCCUGGCUUACCAGGUGGGUUCCAAUCAUACUACUCCAAGUUCAUUGAUGAUUCAUUGGGAUUUGCCUUGGGAUGGAGUUAUGCUUUCCAAUGGUGUUGCGUUAUAUCGUUGGAGUUGGUCACAGCAGCAAUGACAAUUAAAUUUUGGACAUUAUCAGUGAAUCCAGACGUUUGGGUGACAAUUUUUCUUGUCGUUGUGUUACUCAUAAAUCUUGGUGGUGCCAAAGUGUAUGCUGUGGCUGAAGGAUUUUUCAAUUCAUGUAAAGUUUUGAUGUUGUGCGGUUUUGUUAUAUUUGGAUUGAUUAUUGAUGUUGGUGGUGGACCUCAAGGGUUUAUUGGUGGCAGAUAUUAUCAUAACCCGGGUGCUUUCACCAAUUUUAAAGGAUUGGCAUCAGUGUUUGUUACCGGUGCAUUCUCAUUGGGUGGUUCAGAGUUUAUUAGUCUAUCAGCUGCUGAAACAAAGAAUCCAAGAAGCUCAAUCCGUGCAGCUUCAAAGUUGGUUUACUUCAAAGUUAUCAUUUUGUUUCUUGGAUCAUUGACAUUUGUUGGAUUAUUGGUGCCUCAUAAUUCACCACAAUUGUUCGGAUCAGGAAGUGCAGCUACUCACUCGUCGCCUUAUGUUAUUGCUGCUGAAAUGCAUGGUGUUAAAGUAUUGCCCCAUAUAAUUAAUGCCGUGAUUCUUAUUUCUGUCACUUCGGUAUCGGUUGCUGCCAUGUAUAGUUCUCAACGGUUAAUUCAAUCAUUGGCUCAUCAGAAGUUGGCCCCCAAAUGGUUGGAUUAUGUUGAUAAACAAGGAAGACCAUUGCGUGCAUGGUUUGUUACCAUCUUGUCUUCGUUUUUUGCAUUUAUUGCUGCUUAUGAUAAAGAAGAAACGGUGUUUACAUGGCUAUUAUCCAUCUCGGGUAUUUCAUUUGUUGUAUGUUGGUUAUUUAUCUGUGUGUCCCAUCUUCGUUUCAGAGCAGCCUUGAAACAUAAUGGAAUUGCCUUGGAUACAUUGGCAUUUGUUGCUCCCACCGGAGUAAUUGGCUCGUGGUGUUCAAUAAUUAUAAACAGUUUAAUCUUGAUUGCUCAAUUUUGGACAUCAUUAUUCCCCGAAGGCAAGCCUGAUGCCAACAACUUUUUCGAAAAUUAUCUUGGAGCCCCGGUCAUGUUGUUGUGUUAUGUUUGUCAUAAACUCUAUACUCGCAAUUGGCGAUUAUGGAAACCGGUUGAAGAGAUUGAUGUUAAUAAAGAUCGUGUUAUUUAUGAUCCUGAGAUUUUGGAGUUGCAGAAUUUGGAGGAUAAGGAACGGUAUAACAAGGCACCUAUUUGGAAAAAGAUCUUGAUUGUUUGCUUUGAUUAG